ACUGACAAAGAGAAAAUUCUCUGAAGAAUUGUAUUUAUUUUACGCACACAUUCUUCUAUAAUUUGGUGGUUUACUGUUUUCUUCUCUGUAGAAGCCGUUGAAUUUCUUAAUCCGCUCGAAAGUUCUGACGUAAACAGAAACAUUAAUAAACGCAAACAUUUGUUUGCAAGUUAUCAACAAGAAAUUCUCGAAGCUGUACCUGAAAUAGAAGAGAAAAAUGGUUGGAAGCAACGGGACUAUGAUCGCAAUUCGCCUUGUCCGUAGUAAGCUGCGGAAACGAGAAGAUCAUACGAAUACGGUACAUCCAGAUGCAGCCGUAGUGCAGACAGCAACGUCGCCGGUUUCGACGAUUGUCGCACAGUCUUAUCCUGUCGAAGGUUGUACACAGACGUCAAUGACUACAGCUACAGAUCUGGGAAAUAGCACAGCUGUAGAACAGGAUAACAAUGUGUAUACUAUGGCCAAUACGACAGAUCAAUUCGUCUGGCAGUUUCCGCCUCCUUAUCCACCGCCGCACACACCGACACAGUAUGCGUUGUACAACGACCAGGAUACUCUUGUACACGCAUUACCGUCGGAUAGGUCUGGAUUUGCAAAGGGCUUUCGCAAAAAUAUCGGGGGGCGCUGGCGCCGCUUGGUAAAAAGAAAGCCGGAGUCGGAGACUUGUGCCAUUCCUCCUGAACUGAAAGAUCAACUCAAGACAAUUUACGUUUAUUGACGAUCAGCAUUAAUACGCCAUUCUCUGUACUUUUACGAACCUUCCAUUCGGUAAUCGAAGCUUUCCUGUAAGAUAGCGAUUACAUCCAGAAAAAGAAAAGAGAUGGAGUAAAACGAGCGACGAAACGAAAGAGAACCAACAUGCAAUGGGAUAGUUUAUGCAAAAAAGACAAAAGAAACGAAAACGCAAAAAUAUCAUAAGAAUAUGUUUGUUCGUUUAAACUGAACGAGAAUCGAAUAGCUUGUAGCACAAGCUUUCGGUAUAAAAUUUUGAAAGAAACUUCAAAGAAACAAAAUUUAAACAACCCUCAUUGCCUCUUACGAAACAUAUCAACAAGUGCCUAAGAAUACCUUCUCGAAGAAGUUAACGAUAUAGAUAUAGAAAAAUGAUUACGUUCUUCUGAUGUGGCAUAUUUUUGUGAAAACAUAUUAUCAGAGUAAGGACAUUUGAAUGGUAGUUAUAUAGAAUGUAGCAAUAGAAUUUACAAAGAAAUAUAGUGGAGAAAGAAUAAAGGAUAAUAGUAGAAAAUUUCUAAUCUUGGACCUCGCUACUAGUGUAAACUCCUUCAAAUAACGUCUUUGCAGAUUCUAAGGAUUGCGAAAAAUGUAAUUAUAUAGCCGCCGUUUAAUGGCAAACUGAUAAAAAAUAAGAUUAAACUCUAAACUGCUGUAAUCACAACUACUUACAUAUGUACUUCAUUUUUCCUUUUUAAAGCUAUUUGCGUUGGUAAAGCUAUUUGCAAAAUAAUAAUUAAAAAUAUUAGGUUAGUUCCUCAUAGAUUAAACUUACAAGAACAUUGACCAGUUUUUAAUUAUUAUAAAAUUUUAACGCGGACCUUUUAUAGUGAUUUUACCUUCCUUAGAAGUAAAUCAAGCAUUAUUUGUUAUUA